AUGAAAGAGUGUUUGCAGCUAAAGCUCUUAAUAAUAGGAGAAAGCAACGUAGGGAAGACCUCAAUACUCCAGAGAUUCAUAGAAAACAGCUUCCACAAAACAUUUUCAACCACCAUAGGAAUAGACUUCAGGUCGAAAACCAUUUCAGUGGACAAUGAAGACAUAGAGCUACAAAUAUGGGACACCGCGGGACAGGAGAGAUUCUUCUCAAUUACCAAGAGCUACUACAGAGGGUCAGACGGGAUAUUCCUUACCUUUGACCUAACAUCGGAGGACUCUUUCAAGGCUCUUCCAAAGUGGAUAUCAGAGGUGAAAGAAAAGCUGGAAGAAAAAGUCCCCAUUUUCCUGUUAGGAAAUAAAAAAGACCUUUUGGAAGACUCAGAGAUAGACAAACUGUCCACAACGCAGUCGAUAAAGAAAAUAUCAAAAGAGCUGUCCGUGCCCUGGUACAUGACAAGCGCAAAGAGCGGAGAAAACAUUGAGGAAAUAUUUAGAGACAUGGCAAGGAUCAUCCUCAACAAGAGAGUAGUAAAGAAAAAGAGGAAUGCGUACAAAAUAUCAAAAGAAAAAAUAAGCAGCGCGUUCUGGUGCUUUAAAUAA